GCUGGCAUUUGGUGAAUUAUCUGGAGAGGCAUGUACUUGAUAUGCCACCUUUUUAUAAAUCUUGGGAACCGAUUUUGAAGCAAGGAACACGAUUUAACUAUGGUUGGUCUUAUGUGGUAUCCUGGGUUGGUAUUGCAUUCAUACUACUUGCGUCUACAUUCAUGUUAUUAUCCUACAAAAAAAUCAAGGAGGAAGAAGAACGAGCUUUUGAAGCAAAACAUGGUGCAUAUAUGAUGCCAAAUUAUUACGACAAAUCUUCAGCAAUGGUGCCAUACGGGUAUGGCACGUAUGGCGGUUAUCCAGCCGCAUAUCCGGCCGCAUACUACGGCCAGUAUCCGGUAGGUACGGGAUACUAUGGAUAUAUGACAUAUGGUCGCUGA